AUGUCGGUCGCCCAAAUCGCACAAAGGAAGGCCCUCUUCGAGGUAGUCAACCUUAGUUCGCUCGACGAGGUCCUUGGCCUCCCAGAGCUCAAUACCACCCUCGCUGCUGAGGUUGAGAGAUCAAUCGGCGGCAGAGACCACCGCGACUCCAGUCAUUUGAUGACCCUCCUCUUAUUAGGAACUAUUCAUCAAAACAAACAGCUCGCCGAAGCAGUCUCCAAGCUAGGAGACGACAUCGCCUCCCUGAGGGAGUCAAUCGCAGCCCCCAAAGCUGCUCCCACCCCCUCAGACCCUCUCAUCGUCCAAAAACUGGACACCCUCAUCGGGAGAACCAGCCUCCCCCCUCCCGCACCCCAGGCCCCCCACAGGCCUACCCCGCCCGCCAAGCCUGCCCAACCGAGGGCAACCCCCAUGUAUGCACAAGUGGUUCGAUCCACCCCCAACCCACCCAACCCCCCCAGCAAGAAGGCAGCCAAGGCAGCCGCAGCCCCGGCCCCAGGAUCUCUGGUCGCGACUAUGUCCGACACCACUCAGGAUACGCUGUUGCAGCGUCUUUCAGAAUUUCUGACCACCUAUGGUCCCCUCCCAGCCGAUAUAGACUUCGGCGAAGAACUUACGGAGGCUCAUAGUCUUAUUGCUGAGUGUUUGGAGGCUCUCAUCAAGCCUCUUGACACCCCUGCGCCAUUAGAACCCGUUAUCGAUACGGCCCAGGAAGAGGUCAUUGUCGGCCUCACUACAGAACUAGAAGCAGCCAAUGAAAAGGCUGCCGAUUUUUGGCAAACCUUGUGCGAUAACCAGGAAGAUUCUACCGAAAUCAUCCGAGGUCGCGACGAGGUUAUCGUUGCUUUGAAGAUUGAGCUGGAGGAAUCGAAGGUUGAAGAAGAAGAGCUUCGGUUCCGUCUCGCACUACACCAGGAAAAUCUCGCCAUUGCCGAUGAGAACCUCGCUGAUGCUGAAGAUGAAAUUCUUCACAUCACUUCUGUUGCAAAAGCCUGGGAAGUUCAAGCCAAUGCCACUAUUGCCGAUCUUCGCUCCCGUGUCUCCGUUUCUGCCGCUAGAGUUAAAACCCAAUCUCGCCAUGUUUCCAAGUCUCGCUACCUCGCCCCUCGCUCCCAAGACCCCCGUACCAUUAACAAUUGGCGAGAAAAGCCAAUUGAACAAGUGUCUCAAAAGUCGGCGUUAAAAGUCUCUGUUAUUUCUGCUGCUACCGUGUCAGAGGACAAGAUGUCCGAAGACCCUCUUGUCGUUACCUGUUCGGUUUCUCAGAAUUCUGACUCUUUUAUACCCACUUAUGCCCUUAUUGAUACCGGAGCCUCUGGAUAUGCUUUUAUUGAUGAAUCUUUUGCACGCCAUAAUAAUCUCACAAUGACCCGCCUUAAGGUACCUCGUCAGGUAGAUGUUAUGGAUGGGAGGCCUAUUGAAUCAGGAAAGAUCACCCAUAUUGUCAACGUGUCGCUGGAUAUCCAUGGUCAUCGAGAGACUGCAUUAUGUUUUGUAACGAAGCUGGGACACUAUCCAAUGGUGAUGGGAAUACCUUGGAUGCGACGUCACGAUGUUACGAUUCGGCCGAAGGAAAAUUUACUUGUUUUUGACUCUCGAAGCUGUUGUCAACACUGUUCACUCAGUGGAACGACAGUCACUGCCCAUGGGAUAUCGAUCCCUCUACCGGAACAUCAUACUGUUGUUGUUUCAGCAGUUGAAAAAUCCACCGUCGACAUCAAGCAACUAGUACCAAAGGAGUUCUACCAUCGUCUCCAUAUGUUUCAAGAAUAUGAUGCUUCAGUCCUUCCACCACAUCGGCCGUCCCACGAUAUUGAAAUUGUUUUAGAAGAAGGAAAACGACCACCGUAUGGACCAAUAUAUGGCCUUUCCCAGGUGGAACUAAAAGCACUACGGGAAUACCUCGAUGAAAAUCUACCCAAGGGAUUUAUUCGAGCUAGUGAAUCACCAGUGGGAGCACCCAUACUAUUUGUAAAGAAAAGUGAUGGGACUCUCCGGCUCUGCGUGGAUUAUCGAGGUCUCAAUGCAAUCACGGUUAAAAAUCGGUAUCCGUUACCACUUUUGAAGGAAACUCUGGCUAAACUGUCAAAGGCACAGUAUUAUACCAAGUUGGAUUUGCGAUGGGGAUACAAUCAAAUCAGGGUAGCAGAGGGGGAUGAAUGGAAAACAGCAUUUAGAACUCGUUAUGGACAUUUCGAGUAUACCGUAAUGCCAUUUGGAUUAGCGAAUGCCCCUGCCACAUUUCAACAUUGGAUUAAUGAUAUUCUACGCCCCUACCUCGACCAAUUUGUAACAGCGUAUUUGGACGAUAUCCUGAUUUAUUCCGAAACUCUAUCGGAACACAAGGAACAUAUUCAAAAAGUUUUGAAGGUACUUGAUGAGAAUCAUGUCCAUCUUAAACCCGAGAAGUGUGAGUUUAUGGUUCAAGAAACGAAGUAUCUUGGUUUGAUUCUCACCCCGGAUGGGAAUCGAAUGGAUCCGAAGAAAGUUGUCGAUGUUUUGGAGUGGUCUAUACCAAGGAACCUUCAUGAUGUUCAAGUAUUUUUGGGAUUUGCCAAUUUCUAUAGACGGUUUAUUUUGGGAUAUUCGAAAAUUGUUGCUCCGCUUACAGCUUUGACGAAAAAGAAUGUUAAAUUCGAAUGGACGGAUGAAAGGGAGGAAGCAUUUCAGACAUUGAAAAGGAUGUUUACCACAGCACCGAUACUUGCGCAUUUUGAUCCGGAUCGGAGGAUUGUGGUGGAAACCGAUGUAUCCGACUAUGUUUCUGCCGGAAUCUUGUCCCAACGCGACGACGAGGGAAUUUUGCAUCCAGUUGCUUUCUUCUCAAAGAAGCAUUCCCCUGCGGAAUGCAACUAUGAAAUCUAUGAUAAAGAACUCCUGGCAAUUGUACGAUGUUUUGAGGAAUGGCGACAUCAUUUGGAAGGAGCACAAUUUCCAAUCGAAGUCCUCAGCGAUCAUAGGAACCUCGAAUAUUUUAUGUCAACAAAGCUAUUAAACCGUCGACAAGCCCGUUGGUCGGAAUUUCUUUCACGCUUCGAUUUCGUCAUUCAAUUUAGACCAGGGAAACAAGGGGUAAAGCCGGAUGCAUUAACUAGGAGGUCGGGUGACCUACCUAAGGAGGGGGAUGAACGGUUGAUGCAUCAAAGCCAGGUGGUUUUGAAGCGAAAAAAUUUGGAUUCAAAGCUAAGUUUGUUCGCGGGUUCUUUUUCAAAUGAAUCCGCUGAAGGAAUGUCCACUGUAGAAGAGUUAUUUUUAAAUGCUUACCAAGUUGACAGUUUCCCGAACAAAGUACUCGCGAUGCUUCGGAACGGUAUCCGUCAUUCGAAUAAGAUCUCGCUUGCCGAAUGUAUGGAAGAUAACAACGGUCGGCUACUUUACCGUGGUGCACUCUAUGUACCGGACGUCAACGACCUUCGGUUAAGACUUUUGAAGGAAUAUCACGAUAAACCAUCAGCAGGACAUCCCGGUAGAGCGAAGACUCUGGGGCUCCUGAAUCGAGAGUACUACUGGCCACAGAUGCGAAAAUAUGUCGACCAGUACGUUAGGAAUUGCAAUGUGUGUGCCCGUAGCAAGGCACCACGCAAUGCACCUUAUGGGGUACUUCGACCUAUGCCAAUACCCGAUGGACCAUGGAGGGAUGUAUCAAUGGAUUUCGUUACUGACCUUCCGGAAAGCGAUGGAUAUAAUGCGAUAUUGGUGGUAGUAGAUCGACUGACCAAGAUGCGACAUCUGAUUCCUACAACUAAAGAGGCGGAUUCAAAAGAAGUAGCGAGGAUGUACAUCGAUAAUGUUUGGAAAUUACAUGGACUUCCUGAAACUAUGGUAUCGGAUCGAGGAACACAAUUUGUUGCGGAAUUCUGGAGGUCCCUUUGCGAUCGUUUGGAAAUAUUGCCAAAAUUCUCUACAGCGUUUCACCCCCAGACGGAUGGACAAACGGAAAGAAUCAAUGCUGUGAUGGAACAAUACCUUCGAAGUUAUGUUUCUUAUCAACAGGACGACUGGGUUCGAUGGUUGCCAAUGGCCGAGUUUGCAACAAAUAACCAUGCUUCUGAAACGACGAGAAUCUCUCCAUUUUACGCCAACUCAGGGAGGAAUCCAAGAAUGACUUUUGGUCCUUUGGAACAUGGUAGGACGACAGCGGAGGAUCAGGCCAAUAGUAUUGCAAGGGAGAUGAAAGAUAUAUUGGAUUUUCUAAAAGAUGAACUAUUUCGAGCGCAAAAGAUUCAAGAAGAGUCCGCCAAUAUACGUCGGACUCCAGCACCUCACUACCGUGUAGGGGAUAAAGUUUUCUUAUCGACCAGCCAUGUCCUUACUAAACGACCAUCGAAAAAACUUGAUUGGAAACGUAUUGGACCGUACGUCGUGAAACGGAUCGUUAGUCCUUACGCCUAUGAGUUGGAACUCCCUCGUUCUAUGAAAGUUCAUUCUGUAUUCCAUGUUUCUUUAUUGUCGUCUGCAGCAAACGAUCCUUUACCAGGACAACAACAGUUACCACCACCGCCGGUCGAAGUUGAAGGACAGGAGGAGUGGGAAGUUGAAGAUAUUUUGGAUUCCAGGGAUCGUCGGGGAAGAUUUGAAUAUUUGGUUAAGUAUGCCAGUUAUGACGAAGCUUCGUGGCAGCCAAUAUCGGAUGUUGAACAUUCACCCGAUAUUGUCAAACGAUUUCACAAACGAUAUCCAUGGAAGCCUAAGCCUACCAGGAGUCCCCGUUAUACAGGAUCCACCCCGAAGGCGAAGCCCCUACCGUCUGCCCACCGCCGCUUCUUCGCCACCAGGACUACCCCCUGCCCCAUCGCCAAUGCCGAAAGGCUGUCGGCAACCCUCCCCCGCCUCUUCGGUCAAGCUCUGGCCCGAAGCCACCAAGUCGCCCCUGUCACCUCCCUCACCGUCACCAUCAACAACAGAGGCACAGUCUCUGUUACCGCUCCUCCCACCGUCCCAUCAACGGUCUACGUACCCUUCUUCGAGGCCCUCACCACGAUUCUGAACAUGGAGGAAUGCCUAGAGGAGAUCUUGCCCUCCGCGCUUAAACUAGCCGUUGGCAUCACCCCCGCUGCCGUCCGUUUCCUAAACACGGACGAAACCUCCCGCUCCUCCAAGGCCACCACCUCUGUCAUCGUCUCCAUGAUGGCGGAAGAGGCAGCAACCAUUGGAACCACUAUCCGCCUCUUCUCCCGCCCCAGACGCUGCAACGUCAUGUGGCGAGCAUCCCCCACCACACAAUGCAGGAACUGCUGCAAACUUGGCCACGCCACCCAGGGAUGCAGGUCCCCCGUCGCCUGCCCCCUGUGCACCCUCCCCCACAAGCUCCAAGACCACCGCUGCCCAGUUGCCACGUGCAAAGGAGCAUCGGCGCCUCUUGAAAACUGCUGCGAAAUCUCUCCCUCCAAGUGCGUCAACUGCAACGGGACCCACCGCUCCUUCGCCCCAGCCUGCCCCAGCAGGAAACCCACCACUCCCCCGACCCCCCCCAACCCCCAGACCGCGAUGGAAAUCUCAUAA